AUGGUAAGCACGCCAUCUCCAUCAACAUCUUUUCAAAGAAAAGAAUAUAUAAGUGGUAAAGAGCUGGAACAAUUGAUGACCAAAGAGCCACAUUCCACCUGCAUACUGGAUUGCCGCGAAGGAGGAUCUGCUAUACGAAAUGCAAACAGGGUUCGCCUCCCAAAGGUUUUGUACCGGCGUUUGGUUAAUUGCUCAUUAUCGCUAUCCACGUUAUCCCCACGAUUAAACGAUGCGGACGUGAAAGUAGUGAUUGUACCAGAACAUGGGUCUGAUGCCGAUAUUUAUAAUGCGCUUUCGAAUGCACUUCGGAAGGCAAAUAUCCAUUACCGAGUUCUUGACGAUCCUGUUGAAUCGGUUCUUUCAUCGUUCCCGUUGUUAAAAGUCGACGAAGAUCGGCCCAAUGCUCGAUCGUCGGGUGAUGUAGGAUGUCUCAAUUUGAAUGCUCUUCGUAUCGAUCCUGCUGGUGCUCCUCCUGCUACCGACAAGCGGCAAGUAUUCCCUGUCAAGAUUCUUCCUCACCUUUUACUUGGCAACUAUGAAACAGCCAGUGAUGCCAAAGUUUUAGAACGGUUUGUUUUCACUCCACACUUUCUUCUGUAUGAUUUCACAGUUUUCAAUUUUUUAUUUUUUCAACUAUCAUGUGAAGAAAAAGCCAUUUCUUUUCAUUUUUUUCUUUAUUCUCCCUUUAAUUACCUUGCCAUUUAUUUCAAGGUUUGA